AUGACCAAAAGAGACUCUUCUGUUCAGAACAACUGGACUGGACCACACUGCGGUCCAAGGCACAAUGGCCCCGUCUUGAAUGAAGAACGCUUGACGAAACCGCGCAGCAUGGAGAAGAAGUACGCCCAUGAAAACUAUCCCCCGCAGGAGAAACUGAAAGUAGAAGAAGAGCUUCGCGGCGGUACUCGUAUGCCUGGAGGCAUUGGAAACCGUGAAUGA